AUGGUAGCUAUUCGUAUUGUAUUUAAAUUUGAUUCAAACAUCUUAGAUUACUAAACUUUUGAAGAUGAAGAGAGCAGUUUGGAAAUUGAAUUAGUUCCCAAAAACCCAAUUCCAGAAAAGCCCCCCAGUUUCUCCAUAAAGCCCGACUUCAGUACGAGACUAAUUGUUGAUAUUUUUUGUGUAAUAUUGUAUACAAUGUAUUUAUGA